ACUUUUUUUCCUCUCAUAAAAUGUGUGAUACUCCGAAUCUAAUUGACUUAACAGGUUGGGAUGAGCCUGUUAAUGGUAAAGCAAAUAUUGAUAAUACACACUCGGACCCUGUUCUCAUCGAAUCGAAACAAUUCAAGGGGCCUUAUGAUCCUUUCGAUUCGAUGGAAAAAGAAGCCUGCAUCAAGGGCUUACAUAUUACAAAUACAGUACAUAAUUGUGGAACCAGAGCUAACAAUGAUUCUCAAUGUGCUGAUCAAGACUUAAGCCAUGAAACGCCAACCGUUGCCUUGGAGCUUGAACAAAAAAAUGACAAUGGAUUCAAAACCUCCACAGUCGGCAGCAAUGAAUCGCGUCAGCGAAGCCUUCAACAGCUGGCCAAGCUGAAUGCGACAAGGCUAUCAAGUGUGAAUACGCCAUCGCACAAUCCAUCGACACGGGUUUUCUCCUUUUUUGAGAAUUCGAUUCUGGCCGAAAAUCUGCAAAUGAUUGCGGCAGAAUCGCCAAUCAAGCUCAUAGAAGAUGAGACCAGUCCAAUUCCUCUAGCUAAUACCGCUGUUACCGCUCUAAGUGACGGUACAUGCUCCAACAUGGAGUUCGAAACACGCUUAAAGAUGCUGCGUAUCGCUAUAUUGGAAUCUCCUUCCAAAACCGAAUCACAUGCAACUCCGAACACAGAACAGGAGCUAAUCAGAACCACAACAGCAACACCAACACCAAUAAAUGUACCUAGUCCAACACCGGCGCCAACAGAUGCAAUGGCCGAUGUUGGAAAACUCUUGCAGGACAUGAAAUCUUUGAUUUGUGAGCAUGUUGACAUAUCCAAAAGGGAGCAGUGCAAUGUGCUCUUUGAAUCGCUCAGUGCUGCUAUUUACGGCAGUGCAUUACCAUCAGCAGCAGGAUUUGGCAGCCAGAAAACUAAGGAGUCACCGAGCAUCUACAAACGGCAAGGCACAUUCGACUUGGAUCUUGAGAGACAGAAAAAGAAUGACGAUUUGGAAGAUUGUGUGCAGGGAUCGAGCCGAAAUGUGCAGGACAUUCCAGAUGUAAUGACUUGUUCAUCGGCCACAUAUAUUGCCGAGUCGCAUGAUAAACCCGCAAGUCCGAUUAGUGACACUGGAUGUCCAAAAGCAUCGCCAGUUGUAAAGCAAAAAAAAACAGAUUCCUAUGUGAAGGAAGUAGUUGACGAAAAUUUGACUAGUCAAAUAAACGAAAUUCUGGAGCGGCACAAUUUGACAAGGGUGCAGCAUUACGCUUCGGACCAUAACGAGACGGAAUCUGGCGGUGGCGGGGCAACCGUAAUAUUGGUUGUAAAUUCAGCGGCGGCAAACCAAUUGCCUAGUGGCAUAGUGUAUCCAAAAUCAGCUAAAGUAGUACCUACAGCUAAUCAGGAUAACCUAUUGCGCCGACGUUCUUCUUCGCUAUCAAUUCAUGACAAGACUACGCAGGAUCGACCAAAAAUACAGUCGAAGCAAUCAUCUGUCGACAACACCACAAACACAAAUAUUCAAACAGCGCCACUUAAGGAGCUAUCAAACGUCGGUGACAAAUUGAAUGUAAUGACAUCCGUCAGGCAACGCCGCUAUUCCUUCUCCGUUGGUUCGAUAGCUGGUAAAAUGAAUGCGACAGCUGCAGCCGCUGCUCCUGCACAGAGCCGCGCCCUUCUUAGUGGCCGCAACAAAAGCUGCGCGAUGAGCGGAUCCAACGUAAAAUGUGUUGCACCCACUAAAGCAAAUAUACCCGUUAAGCGCGUUGUGCCAAUGAUAAAGACAUCGUUAUGCCCCGAAGAGCUCAACUCUUUGAAUACAACAACGCCACGCUGCAAUAAUGGCCAGGAGACGCCCAUAGCGGCUAGAGCCAAUGCAACAGGUGGCAAAAUAUUUUACACCAGCACACCCAUGCCACAAGUACGCACGAUGACGCGCAGAUCCUUAAGACCAGUAAGCAACUAUUCCAGCGCUUACUCGAAGAACGCUGCACAAUAAACUCUAAAGCCAGCCCCAAUAUGUGAUCGUUUCCAGUUCUAUAAAUUGAACUUUUGACUGGAAGUAAAAUAGAAGUCUAAAUAUCAGAAUCCGUCAUGCCGGGACACCCUUGCCUGGAGUUAUUUUAUAAAAUUCAUUUUGGUUUCUCCUCAUUGAUUUUCCUUAACUAAAUUUUAAUUUUGUAUUGAAUGUAUUUAAAUUAAAUCAAUUUCCGACCUAUAAUCGUAUAAGCCAAAUUAAGUUAAAUAAGAUCAAAUGAAAUGCUUGUAUUUUCUUUUCUUCUUGUAAAUCACAAUUAGUAAUUGUUAGUUCUGAAUAAAUUAGCAUUUAAUUUCAUGUAA